AUGGGAUUGUUUCAAGAGCUCCUUGAGCAGAAAUCACACGAUAUAAGCAAGAAGCUUAUAAGCAGAAAGAAAACAAUUCUUCUAUUAAGUAGAUCAAAUGCUUACCUCACUACAAUAAUCAGGGAAAUUGAUUCAAUCUUUAAGCAUGAACGUGAUUCUGUGAGCAAUGAUAAUCUAGGGCUGAAUGAUAAGGUUUAUACUGACGACAGCAAUAAUAAUAGUAGUGAUAAAGUGAAACUACAAGUUUAUCGUGGAACGGUUGGCUUUUUUACAUUUGAAUGUGCAGUGAUGAGAUUGGAUGUUUACACGGUAUCAUCAAUAUUUAAAGGUGAGAUAUGCAAUACUCUUCUUCAGGGGGUGAAGGAAAGCAUUAGUGUGUAUUUUGUCAUCGAUGGUUACCAAAUUCAUAAAGAACUAGAAUCGAAUAUAGCGGGAGGCUGUAAAAUAAACAAUUCUGUUUCAGAUUUACUAAAAGCCUGGCAUAAUGAUCUGGAUCAAGUGAUGAAAAUCAAGCAGGUGGGCGGUUUUGGAUUUCUUGUGGGUGGAUACGAUUGCAUAGAGUACAAUUUUAAGACUAUGAAAGUCAUAGACUUGGUACAACAAAUUGUUCGAAUGAUCACUAUUGAAGAAAACAAGUGUCUAGAAAAUUCAGACGGUGCCGUAGCCUAUUUACGAAAUUCUGGUGCUGAUGCAGAUCGGAUUGCCGAGUUAUUAGGAAUUGACGGAACAGAAGUCAACAAAAAGAUUGAAAUAAAAGAUUAUAGCUCGAUGUUUGUCCCUUUACGAUGUGAUGAUAAGGAAAGCAUACAGCUUGUUGAUGACUCAUUCGACUAUGCAUACUGGGCUAAUCAAUGGAGUAAUAUCCAAAAAUCAGAUCACCCCGAUAAGAAAUCCGAUGAUUCUUUAGAAGCCAAUAAAUCAGAUACGUCAGACGAUGUUUCUCAGAUGAUCUUUAAGCAUCAUCAGUCAUUUUUAAAAAAAGAGCUCAACCGCAUGAAAACUUCAAGGAAUGGAGCUCGGGUAAAUAAAGUCGGUCCAAGUAGAUAA